AUGGCUGGGGACAAUCUGUUGCACACUGGCCAAAUGCCACUUCGAGCACGAGACAAACAUAUUAGGACAUUUUCUAAAGAUCCGGCAGCCCGCAUUUUGAUAUGCUCUCUCAGAACAGCAGGUAUUGGGGUUGACCUUACAGCUACAAAUAAAUGCAUCUUGGUUGAUCUCUGGUGGAACGAAGCCAUGGAGCAACAGGCAUUUUCUCGGAUUUUCCGCAUUAGACAACAGAGGAACGUCGAGUUUGUCAGGAUUGUAGUACAAAAUAGCAUCGAUGACCGAAUUCAGCUCAUACAAAACGAAAAAACGGAUGGAAUUGAACAGGUGAUUGGUUCUGAGGUCCUUACGUCACGGGAUACACUCGCGAACCUUUGUACUGUUCUUGGAAUUGAACAGGAUGACAGUAUGGAAAGAGGGUAUAGAUUUAUUUCGGACAAGGAAGCCGAACGGAGGCAUGAAGCAGCGCCAGUUACUGUGUUUGAUGGCGAGACUGGCAAGGCACCCGGACAAGCUGAGGCUGAUACCUGUGCCAGCGCGGCUAGCAACAUUAAUGGCCUCGCAGAUUCCCGUAGCAAUCCUCCCGGUGUUGGGAACGUUAAGGAUACGGAGAGUACUGAGAGCUCUGCAGAUAAGGUUGGGGAUGUUGGAACCAUUAAUGAUGGCGAAACCUGUGAGAUUGCUAGCAUUGGGGGUGGUACCCUUGCUAAAGGCACCAAAAGUGUUAUUGCAAAUGGCACUGGUGAGCCUGUCGGGCCUAGCCAAGCUACCCGUGAGGUGGGUUCUGAUGUGUCCAGGGACCUCUAA